AUGACGCAGGUUCCAAGUUCAGAUAUACAGAAGAUUGUCCUCGCUACAGAGGACCAAGAAAUGUUCACGCCAUGUAUGAUAAGACAGCUGGAAAUACAGUUCUUAAAGAUGAUGGCACAGCUGACCGAUGCUAAGAGAGCACUUGAUGUGGGUAUGUUUACGGGGAUGUCUGCCAUGGCGUUCGCUGAAGGGCUGCCAUCCGACGGUGAAGUAGCGACAAAUGAAUUCGACCCUUAGAUAGCCCAUUCGUCCAUCCAUCUAUCCAUCCGUGGAUCUGUCCAGCCAUCUUUCCGUGUUUAUGAGCGCCCAGCCUCGAAUAAGCGCCCACCCACCCCACUUCCUCCCACUAAAACUCCAAUAAGAGAUAAUAAGAGACCCUCCCGAAGACGGAGUUUUCUUCAGAGUAUUUUGCACAAACCUCGCUUUGUUGCAUCUUCGCUUUUUGUAAAUAGCAUUUACUGUUUUGUGGCAAAACAAAUGGGAAAAUUUGAUAAGCGCCCAGCCUCGAAUAAGCGCCCACCUCGAAUAAGACAAAAAAUUUAUUAAGCGCCCAGGACGGUUAAUCGAAUAAAUACGGUAUGUCCAUCCAUCCACCUUAUCUACUCUUUCCUAUAAUAUCCAUCUUCUAAUUGUUCACCUGUAAUUCCAAAUACCCAUUCACGCCUAGCCGAUACUCCUAAAGGAUUUAUUUACCUAGGUAUGGUAGUUAAUAUUUUUUCCGUCUCGGGUAAUUUUUAUUUUUCUUUUCUUUCAACUUCUCUUUGGCAACAUUACCAUACUCAGAAAACAAAAGAAAACAAAAAUUAUACCUGAGAUAAAAAAAAUUAACUCCACAUAUAUAUUUUUAAUUCUUUAGUUAGGUUGGAAAGGCUGUAAAUGUUAUGGAUGACCUUAAAACAGCGGGUGAAAAGUUCGACAAUGUGUUACUAGAUGACCCCAAGGAUCAGUACAUCCCUUGCUACAAAUUCGCUCUUGACAUGCUUACACCCUCUGGCUUCAUCAUGGCGGACAACUCUCGGUGCGCGCUGCUUUACGAUGAAGAUGAUUCCAGAAGACAGGCCUUACAUGACUUCAACCAGAUGGUCAAGAAAGAGAAACGAGUAGAACAAUUAGUGGUAUCUUUCAGGGAGGGCGUGUCUAUUAUAAGACCCAAAAAAUAUCUGUAA